AUGGCAGAAGCGGAUCCUAACAGGGUCUUGAAACCUGCCGCCCAGGGGGUGGAUGAAGAGAUGGUGGCUAGCUCGUCUAGCGAUUCUGGGGAAGAAUCUGACAGCAGCAGCUCUAGCAGCAGCACUAGUUGCAGCAGCAGCAGCAGUGGUAGUGGCAGCAGCAGCAGCAGCAGCAGUAGCUGCAGCCGCUUCUAUAGAAAGAAGAGGGUACCUGGGCCUUCCAGAAGUGCGCGGCGGGCUCCGUCGGGUAGAAGUUUCGUGGAUCAGCUGCCUCGGGCAGUUAGAAAUCGUGUGCAGGCGCUCAGAAAUAUUCAAGAUGAAUGUGACAAGGUAGACGCCCUGUUCUUAAAGGCAAUUCACGAUCUCGAACGAAAAUAUGCCGAACUCAAUAGGCCUCUGUAUGAUCGGCGAUUUCGAAUCAUCAAUGCAGAAUAUGAGCCUACAGAAGAAGAAUGUGAAUGGAAUUCGGAGGAUGAGGUGUUCAGCAGUGAUGAGGAGGUGCAGGAAGAAGGCCCUAGUGAGAUGCCUGCCUUAGAGGGUGAGGAAGAAGAGGAUGACCCGAAAGCAAAACCUGAAGUCAAGGCUGAAGAAAAUGCAGCUCCGAAAGAAAAUCCCGAGGCAAAGGCUGAAGAAAAAGCAGAGUCUAAAGAUGCUCUGGAGGCCAAGACUGAAGUAAAAGAAUAUCCGAAAGAAUCCCCCCAGGCAAAGGCAGAAGAUAAAGAGCAGCCUAAAGUAACAGAGGCUAAGGCAAGGGCUCCAGGAAAAGAGGCUCCUAAAAGAGUUUCUGAGGUCUGGCCUAAAGAAAGAGCUCUUAAAAGAGCUCGCAAGGGAAAGCCUAAAAGAGAAGAUCCUAAAGGCAUUCCCGACUAUUGGCUGACUGUCUUAAAGAAUGUUGACAAGCUGGGGCCCAUGAUUCAGAAGUAUGAUGAGCCCAUUCUGAAGUUCCUGUCCGAUGUUAGCCUGAAGUUCUCAAAACCUGGCCGGCCUAUAAGUUACACAUUUGAAUUUUGCUUUCUACCAAAUCCAUACUUCAAAAAUGAGGUGCUGACCAAGACAUAUAUAAUAAAGUCAAAGCCAGAUCACAAUGAUCCCUUCUUCUCUUGGGGCUGGGAAAUCCAAGAUUGCAAAGGCUGUAAGAUAGAUUGGAGAAGAGCAAAGGAUGUUACAGUGGCAACCACCCGGAGUCACACAACUGCUACUGGAGAAGUUGAAACCCAGCCAAGAGUGGUUCCUAAUGCAUCAUUCUUCAAUUUCUUUAGCCCUCCUGAGAUUCCUACAAUUGGAAAGCUUGAACCACGAGAAGAUGCUAUCCUUGAUGAGGACUUUGAAAUUGGUCAAAUUUUACAUGAUAAUGUCAUCCUGAAAUCAAUCUAUUACUAUACAGGAGAAGUCAAUGGUAACUAUGAUGUUGGUAAAGAUUAUAGAAACAGGAAAUAUCGAAAAUAA